AUAUAUUUAAUUUCAAUGUAUUACAAUACUUCCCAAUCAAUCGUACAGAUUGAACAUAACCUCAAUCUGCAAUGUUUGGCUCCCGCUGACGAGUUGGUCCGCGAGACGCAGGUAUUGUUCAGUUUAUUUCCACUCUUCGUCCGUCGCAGUACCGUCAACAUGUUCCACCAGUUUGACACCGCCACAAAAUCGUGGCUUUCGCGACAUCCCGCACCGGUUAUUGAUCCGGAGGCCAACCUGGCCCAGUUGAUCCUUACCGUGUUGGAUCGCAAUCCGGAAAAGGUCCUCCAAAUCGAUGCCGAUACGGGCCGGGAGCUGACUGCCGCUGAGAUGCGACUCCGUGCGAUACGCGUUGCGCAGAAUCUGACCAAGUUGGGAUUUCGCAAAGGCGAUAUGGCUGCGGUGGUUUGUUCGAACAGUGAAAAUCUGGCACCACUGGUGCUGGGGCUGUGGAUGGUUGGAAUGCCGUUCGUAGGUGUGCCGGUGGGGUUCAACGGGGAUGAUUUGGGACACCUGAUGGGGCUGGUUCAACCCAAAUUGGUGUUCUGCGACGAUUCGGUGUACAAAGCGGCGCUGGAGGGCGCCGAAAAGGCACUGAAGAUAAAACCGGUAGUGUUCGCCGUCGAGAGCGAAAUGGAGAGUAUAAGGAAGAUGGACGAAUUGCUAAAGAGCACCGGGAAAGAGGCGGAGUUCGUGCCUCAGCACCUUGGCGACAUGCGAGACUUGAUCGGCAUCAUUCUCUGCACUUCUGGCACCACUGGCCGACCGAAAGGUGUUGCCGUAUCGCAAGCGCACAUCUCUAUAGUCCUCGGUAGACCAGUCAAGGCCAACGAUUCGGAUUUGGUGUUCAACUUCAGCCCACUGUAUUGGGGAACGGGGUUGUUUGCACUGUUGAACUCGCUUUCAACCGGAACGACAAGAGUUGUGACGCGAAGUGCCUUCAACGAAGAUGUAUUCUACGAUGUUUUGGAGCGGUAUCGACCCACUCACUUCUUCACACCACCGUCGCACGCCAUAUUCCUGCUGGAACAUCCACGGGCGGAGCAAGCCAAUUUCAGCUGUUUGAAGAGUUGGUGCCUGAGUGGAAGCAAUGCUUCACCACAGCUGCGGAGACGAAUCGAGAAAAAGCUAACCAAUGGAAGGACAGUGAUCCACUACGAAUCUUCGGAGAUUGGGCUGAUUGCAAUGGAUGCGAUACGGAAGAAGGAAGGCAGUGUUGGGUUGUUGAUGCCGCACCUGAAUGCCAAGGUGGCCGAUGAGAGCGAUGCAUCAGUAGGCCCUGGAGAGCAAGGAGAACUGUUGCUUAAGACGUCGAUUUCAUUUAUGGGCUACUACAACGAUCAAGAAGCAAACCGGCAGUUGAUGACCGAGGACGGAUGGAUUCGUACCGGCGAUAUCGGCUACUUGGACGAGGAAGGGUUCGUCUAUUUGGUAGAUAGGAAGAAGGACGUCAUCAAGUAUCGAGGCUACCAGAUAUCGCCGACAGAGUUGGAAGCGAUCGUGGAGAAAAUCGAAGGUGUUCAACAGGUUUGCGUGCUAGGGAUGCCGGAAAUGGACGGGACUGUGGAUAUGCCUGUGGCUGUGAUUGUGAGAAAACCAGGUAGCACGUUCACGGCAAAACAGGUCGUUAAGUUCGUUGAGGAGAAAGUGCCGGACCAUAAGCGAUUGCGAAGUGGAGUAUUUUUCUGCAGUGGACUCUCUAUGUCUUCCACGGGAAAGGUAUUGCGGAGAGAGCUAAAAAAAACAUUGAUGGAAGAAAUCCGUUAUUUGUUUUAAUAAUUAAUUAACGACACUUUACACCCAAGGGUGCAUUCGUGUCAAGUAAAAUAUAUCCUAUACAAUCCAA